AGUCGCGCCGCUUUCCCCGCCCGCGGCAACGUCUGGGCACGUCCCCCUCGCGGCGCGGGCCACGCACGUCCCUGCGCUUAACCUCUGCCAGUCCGGCGCUAAGUUAAAGGCCGGGACGGUGCGGUCUGCGCGCACUCCUGGAGGCGGGGUGCGCAGGCAGGAGCCCGAGCCUGCAGCAGCGGCCGGGCAGACGAUGACUUGCUACCGGGGCUUCCUGCUGGGCAGCUGUUGUCGCGUGGCGGGCGGCCGGGCGGCGCUGCGUGGGUCAGGCGCGGGAGGCCCUGCCGCGCGGCCCCGGCUUGGCGGUGACGGCGACCGGAGGCACCUAGGGCACGGGCAGCCGCGCGAGCUGGCGGGCUGUGGCAGCCGUCCGGAAGGCGGCUUCCGCCCCUCGCGGGUGGUGGUGGUGGCCAAAACCACCCGGUACGAGUUCGAGCAGCAGCGGUACCGCUACGCGGAGCUCUCGGAAGAGGACCUGAAGCAGCUGCUUGCAUUGAAAGGCUCUAGCUACAGUGGACUACUUGAACGACAUCAUAUUCACACCAAAAAUGUAGAACAUAUUAUAGAUAGUUUACGGAAAGAAGGAAUUGAGGUUCGUCUGGUAAAGAGGAGAGAAUAUGAUGAAGAGACUGUUCGGUGGGCAGAUGCAGUCAUAGCUGCAGGAGGUGAUGGCACAAUGCUUCUGGCAGCAAGUAAAGUCUUGGAUAGACUGAAACCAGUUAUAGGGGUAAACACUGAUCCAGAACGGUCAGAGGGUCACUUAUGUCUGCCUGUUCGAUAUACACAUUCCUUCCCAGAAGCCUUACAGAAGUUCUAUCGUGGUGAGUUCAGGUGGUUAUGGAGGCAGCGUAUCAGGUUAUACCUUGAAGGGACUGGCAUAAACCCCAUUCCUGUGGAUCUUCAUGAACAGCAACUAAGUCUGAAUCAGCAUAGCAGAGCCUUCAACAUUGAAAGAGUUGAUGAUGAAAGGUCGGAGACUUCAGGACCCCAACUUUUGCCAGUGAGAGCUCUAAAUGAAGUCUUUAUUGGGGAGAGUCUAUCAUCCAGAAUGUCUUAUUCUUGGGCUGUAGCAGUGGACAAUUUAAGAAGAAGUAUACCCACUCUAAAGGGACUGGCAUCCUACUACGAAAUUUCAGUUGAUGAUGGCCCGUGGGAAAAACAGAAGAGCUCAGGGCUCAAUUUGUGUACUGGAACGGGAUCCAAGGCCUGGUCAUUCAAUAUUAACAGGGUUGCAACUCAGGCUGUGGAAGAUGUUUUAAAUAUUGUAACAAAUGAAUAUAAUGAAUCACUGCUGUACAGUCCAGAAGAACCAAAAAUACUUUUCAGUAUUCGAGAACCAAUAGCAAACAGAGUUUUCUCAAGCAGUCGUCAGCGUUGUUUCUCCUCAAAGGUUUGUGUUCGUUCUCGUUGUUGGGAUGCCUGUAUGGUUGUGGAUGGAGGAACUUCUUUUGAAUUUAAUGAUGGAGCAAUUGCUUCAAUGAUGAUCAAUAAAGAAGAUGAGCUUCGAACUGUGCUUCUAGAACAGUGAAGGAUUUCCUCAGAUUGCAAAUUUUGAUUACUGGAAAAAUAUUUUUACUGUGGAAACAGAUCAUCAGCCAUAAAGGUACACUGUUUUUUUGUUUUGGUGGUUAUUAGGACUGAUUGCUCCUGGGCUCAAAGGUGACAAAGAAAGUGAGAUAAUAAUCUUCUAUUGGAUUCUGAUAGAAAAAAAAGAUAUUCUUUCUGUGAGAAAAAUGAACUAAAUGUAUUAGAAUUGAUAAUAGUAAAUUUCUCUACUAUUUACAGUUGUUAACCAAGAGCGUUGGUAUCUUUUCAAAUUUAGAGAGGCAGGCUUAAAUAAAGGAUUCAACGUUUAGGAUUUAAAAAUUUAACUGUACAAGUUAAAUUUGACUGUGUGGUAGUUUUUUUUUUUUUUUUUUUUUUUUUUUGCUUCCCUCUCCCUUUGUGGAAUAUUUUUUUAUAGUACCUGUCAAAUUUUUUAAAAAUUUUUGAUGAUGGGGAAUUUUUUUAAGUCUUGACAUUCACCUAAUUGAAGUAGGUUAAUGUGUUUUUUAAUAUGUGCUAAGAAUUUUCUAAUUCUAGGACACAAUGAAGUGGUGACUUUUGAUUUAAAAAUUUAAAUCACUUUUGAAAUUGCAGAUACUUCCAUUUGAUGUUCCUUCUAGUUAAUUUCAACAAUACUGGGUGGAAUACACCAAUGGGACAAAGUCAUGAUGCUGUUAAAAAUGUUGUAAUUAUCCAGUACCUAUUUUGGGUCAAUUUUUAAAAAAUGAUUUGAGUCCAAUAGGUGUUUUCCAUCUUUAAAACUCUCUAACAUGGAUUCAGGAACUAAAAGUAAGAACUGAUGGGACAUCUUCUAUUAGGAGACAUUUUCUAUUGGUAUUAUCUUUAACAAAUAUUUUCAUCUAGUGUUAAAAUUGUCAGAGGAUGGAUUAAUAAACAAAUAUGUCUUUGCUUUUCAAAAGCAAGGGCUGUAGCUCAGUAUUGAGGUUUUCACUUAUUUUCAAAUUUUGCAUAAUAGCUUUGUAGGAUAAAAUGCCGUGGCUUUUCCCCCCAUUGUGAGAACUCCUUUAUUUUUGGAGGAAAUUAUUUUAUUCUUUAACCCUAGAAUUUUCACAGAAUGCUCUUACUGCUGCAAGAUGAAGUGGUAUUAUCAUGCCAUUUAUUCAGUUGUAUAUUUUUUUCACUUGAUGGUGAAAACAGUUGUCAUUGAUAAAUAUUUAUGAACCUCACUGUGUCAUCUAUUCUGUGUCAGGUGCUUGAUCUACAUUAAUGAAUGAGAGAGACUCCAUAGUAUUUGAGACUAGUGACCUCAGAAGUAAAAAUUCUGUGAAAGCUAAGAUAUGUAGUCAAAUGAGUGCUCUUAGUUUUGCCAAUGAUUAACAUGUUACUUUUAUCCAUACUUUUAAAAAUGUUAAUGUACAACAGUGGUCUAGGUGUUGAUGUAUAAUGGAGAAGAAUCUGUUUUUCUCUUAAUUAAGAGUACCUGCGUAGACUGUCAGAGCAAAUUUAUUGAUACAUCAGAUGGAAAUAAAAUAAAGAUCAGUUUUCCCAGAGCUGGAUCUGAUUUUUUUUUUCAAAAAAUGAUAUAUAUAAGAAAGAAGUUAAAUUCCAUACUAUGGAUUAACCACUCUAACAGGUUUUAAAUACUUUCUUGAAAAAAAUACUUUCUUGAAAAAAAUGUCAACUCUGCCUUUAAUAUUGGAAGGAAAUCUGAUUAUUCACAUGUUACCAUAGAUGUUAAUAUGUAACAUUAAUAGGCAACGUAUUGUGUGAAAUUGUUCAGAUGCCAUAUUUUUAAAGGUUUUAAGAAUACUUACUCUGCUCCAUUUGCAAUAUAACUUCUGCUCCAUGGUGGGAAUUCAUUUCUAAGAGAUGAGUGGCAAAAGAUGUUAGAAUAACAGAUGUUUUUAUGAAUGAGUUAACUGUUUAAUGGCAACUACAUGUGAAUAAAAUUAAACCUUUGUUAGUUC